AUGGAGGAGAGCCUGACCGAAUCCACCGUCCUGGUGGACAUCGCUCCAUUCAUCUCCAGCGCCCAUGGAACCGAACGAGCAAUCGCAACAGUCGGAUACUCUGCACAUAUCCUACACUACGCCCUCACGCACUCGCGCAGGCUGAACAGGCUCGCUCUCUCUGCCCUGGGCCGAAAGGUCCCAUCAAAAUCCGCCAACUCGCCUGCUUCCCACCCGCAUCUCCUCGCCCUCGCAUCUCUCGUGUCUGAAACACGCACGUCGCUACGGCUGCUCGGCCUCAUACCGCUGUGGGCAUGGGGGUCGGCUACAUAUAAAUCACCACCGUCCGACCCCCUCCUUCGAACCAUAGCUUACGGCCAGGUCAUUUCCUGCGUUCUCUUCCAGCUACUCGAAAACGUCGCCUUCCUCGCUACAAAGGGCGUUCUGAGUAAGCGCGCGGUAGAGAAAUGGGGCAGUCUAUCGAAGUGGUCUCUCUGGAGCGUGCGAGCAUGGCUGACGCAUAUCCUGUUGGAAUUCGUCAAGCUUGCGCGCGAGCAUCAGCUUUCCUCUGCUGAGCGGAGAAAGGGUGCUGGAACGACUGACAAGGGGCUCGGGCAGAGCUGCAAGGAGGAAGCGAAGAAGAUUUCUCUGAAGCUACGCGCACGGAACCAGAAGCUGGUCAACAGUCUUGCGUGGCUGCCGCUCUGUCUGCACUGGAGUGUUGACGGCGGCAUCGGCGUCCCUGCGAGUCUGGUUGGAGUCCUCAGCUUGACUGCCGGUGCAUGGGGAAUUCACGAUUUAUGGCUUGCUACUUGA